AUGACGAAGAAAGCCUUCGCAAACUCUGACGGAGACUGGCUCAUUGUCCCUCAACAAGGCGCCCUCGAUAUCCAAACUGAGUUCGGCUUCCUCUAUGUGCAACCAGGGGAGAUCUGCGUUAUUCAGCGUGGCCUUCGUUUCAAGGUUAAAGUCGAGGGACCGACGCGCGGUUACAUUUUGGAGAUCUGGGGAUCCAACUGGGAGCUUCCCGAGCUGGGUCCUUUGGGAGCCAAUGGUCUAGCCAAUGCUCGUGAUUUCUUACACCCCGUCGCAGCGUACGAAGUCACCAAAGACGACCUCUGGGACAUUGUCUACAAAUUGGGCGGAAAGUUUUUCAACAGCACACAACGUCAUUGCCCUUUUGAUGUUGUCGCCUGGCACGGUAACUAUGUCCCAUGGAAAUACGAUCUCACAAAGUUCGUAAAUGUGGGUUCUAUCUCAGUUGAUCACAUCGACCCGUCGAUAUUUUGCGUCGUGACGGCCAAGUCCAGAGACCCCACUGCGCCGCUCGCGGAUUUCCUAAUCUUCUCGCCGAGAUGGGAUGUUGCGUCUCACACUUAUCGACCACCCUACUACCACCGAAACUGUGCCUCUGAGCUCAUGGGUUUGAUCUAUGGCGAAUAUGGCGGCCGUUCCGACGAGUUCCAGCCGGGAAGCAUCUCGUUCGAAUGCGGGUUUGUUCCUCACGGUGUUGCUUAUGAGCAAUUUGCCGCGGCAUCCAAGGAGGACCCUCCCGUGAUGCAAAUAUCGCUCGGGUCUAUCGCUUUCAUGUUCGAAACCAGUCGGGCUCUCACCAUCACCGAUUAUGCCUGGAACAGUAAGGAAAAGCAUGAGCAUGAUCCAAAGAUGUGGGACGAUCUCGUGGACAACUUCUCAACGUUUGAAAUUGAUCCCGAAUUGAUCAAGAAUAGCGUGAAGAGCUGA